CUCUUUUUGAAUCAUGACGACAGUAUGGCAGUUGGUGAAAUCUGUAAUGCAGGUGAAGUAAAAGUUACUGGUAUUGGUGAAAUUACGGCGGAACCUGAUUGCUGCACAGCGGAAUUCGUAGUUUGCUCUCGGAAACCUACAACCUCUGCAGCAGAAGAAAGUGCGAGGAAACGAGCGGAAUACGCUCGACAAGAGAUAAACUCCCGAUGUUUAAAAAAGUGUAAUAUCGUGGAGCAUUUCGAUAUAAUUCAAGAAGGUACUUUACUCUGUGCUCUUUAUAAAUUUGAGAUAACUACAUGUGAUAUUUCUGGGAUAAAAAGCUUAUUAGGACAUCUUAAGUCCAAGCUCCCGUCCUAUGUUAAACUUGGAAGCGUGAGAUUUUUCUUCUCAAAAAAGAAGCUGUUUGAUAUAAGAAAAGAGGCUGUUGCACAGGCUGUAUCAGACGCCAAACAUAAAGCUGAAUUAAUCGCUUCUGCAUUUGGUCAAAGAAUUCAAGGAUUAAUUAAUGUUAUUGAAAAUGAAUACGAUUCUAAUUGUGAACAACAAGUGAUGCCUGCAUCAAGAUCAAAUGGUUACAAUGGACAUCAUCCAUUGAAACAAUUGAAUAUCAAUAAUAAUAGUAAUAAUAAUAAUAAUAACAUUGCCUGUGAAGGUGGUAGCAUUUUCGAAGGAAAUUCCUUACAAGACCAACCAUUCAAUUGGAAUCAAUCUUUAAGUGCUGCUCAAAGACACAUACAAAUAAAAUUGAAUGUUGUUUGUGCUUUAAGUGAUUUUAAUAAUUAAGAAAAAAAUGCUUUGUUUAAAUUAACCACAAGGUCAUUGCCUAGACCUUCUUGAUUAUUUCACAAUCAAUCAAUCAAUCAACCUUAUUCAUGUAUAUGCACAAUCUGUGAUUUUGAAUAAUUCAUCUUUAGGUAUUCGAUAGGAAUGAUGUAUUUAUCUCGCUUCUGCUUUCUUUUUUCACUUUACUCACAUGUCUUCUUACCAGAUUAUUCUAGAAUAUCUAAAAGUGAUUUGUGAAAUAAACUGUAUUUAUGCAUGUGUACAAACAAUCCGUUCUUAUUUUCCGUCAAAUUUAAAACACUUCAACAUUUCGAUAAAGUAAAGCAUGUGAUUGAUGUGGGAUAAAGAGUUCUCAGGAAGUUUGUUUACGAAUGAACACAGGUGUUUGGUGGUUUGGAGACCUUACUUAGAAGGUAUAACUUGCAAACAUUAUCCAUAUUCUGCUUCUUUUGUGUUCAUUUCACGCUCCCUAUAUUGCUUCACAAUUAUCUGCAUAUUUCUCGUUUGUAACUUAAACCCUGUACUCCGCUAUUAAAGACUCUUGCAGACGACACCAUCUACGAUACUACUUACAAACUGUUAUUAGUAUUGGCAUACUCUGCAAGUUUAGCUUUGAAUAUUCUAUUUACUAACUAUUGCACGUGUCUUCAGACUUUAAUUUUUUGAGGUUUUCUUUUAAUAAAAAAGGUCAAGUCUAUACAUUCAUUAAUCAGU